UUUGUUUGCUCCAAGGCGUAGUUUUUUGGUUUUUUUUUGUUUUUUCUUUUUCUUUUCUUUUUAACGAGCUGUUGAUUUGACGCGUCAAUGGCUUGUCGCGCUUUCCCUCUCAGAUUUAAAAGCAAAGCGCUGGUUAUCAAUGAAAACCAAGGUCACAGACUUCGCUGCCAUGAAGGUGAAAAUUAAAUGCUGGAAUGGUGUGGCCACUUGGCUCUGGGUAGCCAACGAUGAGAACUGCGGCAUCUGCAGGAUGGCGUUUAAUGGUUGCUGUCCAGACUGUAAGGUGCCUGGUGACGACUGCCCCCUGGUGUGGGGACAGUGCUCCCACUGCUUCCACAUGCACUGCAUCCUCAAGUGGCUGAACGCGCAGCAAGUGCAGCAGCACUGCCCCAUGUGCCGCCAAGAGUGGAAGUUCAAAGAGUGAGGCCCGCGCCACCGCAGCCCAGCCCCGCCGCCGCCAUGCCAGCACUGCCCGCCCCGCCCCUUUGCCAGGCGUCCUGAGACCCCUCCUCACAGCAGCGGCACCCAGGGACCUCGUUCUAUACUGGGGAGAGGAUGCUUUCCUUUGGGCUGAAGCAAGGUUCACUUGGUUUUUGUUUUGCUUUGUUUUGUUUCUUCCAUCGCAUCGUUUCACUUUUAUUCAAUAAGUAAAACUCAUUAAAGUUCUGAGCCUUGUUGGA